AAAGUAAUUUAUUUGGGGGAUUUUAUUUGUGAGGAUAGGAUAGUUCCCCCCCUGAAGAUGAUGUGUACAUUUUCUAACGCAUUCAUUUAAAUGUUUAAUUUAAACCAUUUUUCAUUUGUUUUCUUUUACUUUCACUUUUUAUUUUGCAUUUAACAUGCCUAUGAAACGGAAUACAAGAAGCCCGAUCCAGGAUGGACAAUUUCUUCAUGUUCAUUCACCAUCAACCAAUAAUUUCUGCAGUGCAUCCGAGGAGCUCAUGCACACCACUUUAUCUAACGAAAGAUUACGCAGUGCUUUCCAUGGACAUUCAAUCUCAAAGUUUGACGAGGAAGGUGAUUUGGGAAUUAAAUCAGAAGCAGAUGACAGCAAUGAGACCCCAUCUUCUGAGGAGGACCAGGACCUCCUGGAGUAUUCUAAAGAUUUGGCUUUCAACCAGACGACCCCGAGGAAAAGCAUCACUCAGAUCAUCAAGGACAAGAAGAAACAGACUCAUUUGACCCUUCACUGGCUGGAUGAAAACUACACUGUUUGUGAAGGGGUUUGUCUGCCACGUUGCAUCCUGUACGCUCACUACCUAGACUUCUGUAGGAAGGAGAAACUGGAUCCAGCCUGUGCUGCUACAUUUGGCAAGACAAUUAGGCAGAAAUUUCCACUUCUUACAACAAGAAGACUUGGGACCCGAGGUCAUUCAAAAUAUCAUUAUUAUGGGAUUGGCAUCAAAGAGAGCAGUGCCUAUUAUAACUUGGUGUACUCUGGAAAAGGCUUGACGAGAUUUUCAGGGAGCAAACUCAACAAUGAGGGAGGGUUCACUCGGAAAUACUCCCUCAGUUCCAAAACAGGAACUUUGCUUCCAGAAUUCCCAAGUCCACAGCAUCUAGUGCUUCAAAGUUCCAUCUCUAAAGAGAAGGUGGACACGCUCAUCGUGAUGUACAAAACACAUUGUCAGUGCAUCCUGGACAAUGCCAUCAAUGUCAACUUCGAAGAGAUACAGAAUUUCCUGAUGCAUUUCUGGCAAGGAAUGCCCGACCACCUCUUACCCCUGCUGGAGAACACUAUUAUCGUGGACAUCUUCUGUGUGUGUGACUCUAUACUAUAUAAGGUUCUGACAGAUGUCCUGAUCCCUGCUACGAUGCAGGAGAUGCCUGAAAGUCUCCUGGCAGACAUCCGUAACUUUGCCAAGCACUGGGAACACUGGAUGGUGUCUUCUCUGGAAAACCUCCCAGAAUGCCUCUCAGAGAAGAAGCUCCAGAUCGCACGCAGAUUUGUGUCCUCUCUAAAACGUCAGACCUCCUUCUUACACCUUGCUCAGAUUGCAAGACCAGCUCUUUUUGACCAGAAUGUGGUGAACUCAAUGGUGGUGGAUAUAGAUAAAGUGGAUUUGAACAGCAUAGGAUCACAAGCACUUCUCACCAUCUCAAGUGGAGACCAAGACUCUGACCUCUACUCUGAAUAUGACUCAAUAACAGUGUUCCAAGAGCUGAAAGACCUACUGAAGAAGAAUGCCACUGUGGAAUCCUUUAUCGAGUGGCUGGACACUGUUGUGGAGCAGAAAGUCAUAAAGCCUGGGAAGCAGAACGGACGGUCCAUAAAGAAGCGAGCUCAGGACUUCCUCCUCAAGUGGAGUUUCUUUGGAGCACGUGUUAUGCACAACCUCACAUUGAACAACGCCACCAGUUUUGGUUCGUUCCAUCUCAUCCGCAUGUUGCUGGAUGAGUAUAUCCUACUGGCUAUUGAGACACAAUUCAACAACAACAAAGAACAAGACCUUCAGAAUCUCCUAGAUAAGUACAUGGGAAAUGCAGAUGCCAGCAAGGCAGCAUUCACUGCCUCCCCCAGCUCCUGUUUCCUGGCCAACCGUAACAAGCCCAGUGCGGUGUCCAGUGAUCUGUCUGUGAAGAACGAGUCCCUCUCAGAACACGCAUACAUGACCCUGUCAGCCAAUCAUCAGCAGGCUCCGGGAGCAAACAUGGCCAUCUACCAGGGCUCUGAAACUGAUGAAUUCUGCCUAUCAGGCCAAAUGGACUUUUCCCAGAACAGUGGCCCUCUGAUGACCCCUCCCAUCUCCCCAGCCAUGGUGAACAGGGGCAGUGUCAUCAACCAGGGCACCAUGGCCAUCAGACCCCAGAGCGCCUGCACCACCAUCCAGCCCCAAAUCUCCUGCCAAGCCUUCCCAGACACCAUGUACCAGAGCCUCCCUCCCAGCAGCCCCAGCUACUACCCCACCACCUCCAACUACCAGGCUGUGUUCAGGCCCCAGACACACGUCCAGGCGCCUGCCUACCUCACCCGCUCUGACAGCAGCCACUACCCGUCCUUCAGUGAACAGCACCUGGCCAAAGACUACUUCAACAGCAGCUGUGCAGUAUCCCCCUACAGCUCCAGACACACCUCCAAUUACAGCACAGUCCCUGAUCCUGGGAUGGAGACUCAGGGGGUUGAGCUACUGGACUCUGUAGGAUACAACUUUGAUGGGAGUGGGUUAAACAGUAGUGGCUGUCAGGAGUCUGCCUACUCAGCAGCAGGACACAAUGGGUACUACGGAAACAGUAGCUACCUGGAUAGCCAGAGGCUGGGUUCCAUGAUAGACCAGCAUGUGUCAGUUAUCAGCAGUGUGAGCAGUAUCCGCUCAGUCCCAGUGUACGGUGAAGUACACGACCCCCUCAACAUCCUGGAUGACACGGGCAGGAAGACGGCUGGGCCUUACUACACCGAGUCUGACUCACUGGGCUCCCACACACCUGGAGCUCCUACCCUCCCCUCCUCGGUCUCUGCACCCUGCAUGUACGGAGGUCCUGCCCAGUUCCACUCCCAGGAUGCACUGCUUCCUCACCGGGCACCAUCUGAGGUACGGGACAUGAUGUCAUCGCUGCCCCCCAUCAACACUGUGUUCAUGGGGUCUAGUGGAGGAGGAACGUGA